CUCUCUCUCUCUCUCUCUCUCUCUAAACUGAAUCUUUGAGCUUCUUCAAGCGAUCCGGAUUUUAAGUGUUUUGGUAGGAUCUCGACUUUUUGCAAUUUUUUUCUAUCAUUUUUUCAUGCGAUUUCAGGUUCGGAAUGUGAAGAAAUUCGAUUUUUUGUGUAAAUUUCGAGUAUUUAAUUUGAUUUUUUCUGUUUUAUGAUGCACAUUGUUCUUAAUUCUUAGCAUUUUCGUCGAUCAAAUUUCAAUACUUUUAUGUUAAAUGAGUGAUUGUUGUGAUGCAACCAGAAAAUAAUUCAAAUUUUGCAGGAUUUUUUUUUAUGAAGAAAACGUUCCACUAAAAAAAAAAAAAAAAAAAAACCGAUCUCCUAAAAAUUUAUUUUUUAUGAUUGUGAUGUUCUUAGAAUUUGAUUUUAUAGAUUCUUAUGGAAGCUUUUCGUAUAAUUAGAUCUGCGAAAUUACGAAAAAAUAUCAGCUACAACAUUUGAAUUGUGAUCAUAGUUGUUGUGGAAAUACUAUUAGAGUGAGUGAUGCAGUUCAAAAACGUGUUUCACGAGCUACUCGAAAUGAGAGAUGACAAGGGGAAGAAAUCACGAAGAGGAGGGGAUGAGAGGAAGCACACGCGCCGCCGAGCUAAAUCUCACAUUGCCCCAGAGCAUACGUUGUCAUCACCUGCAUCAGUUGAGCAAAGCAAGUGGGCAAACUUGCCCCCAGAGUUGCUUCUUGACAUAAUCCAACGCGUCGAAGCGAGUGAGACUUCCUGGCCUGCUCGGAGAGAUGUGAUUGCUUGUGCUUCGGUUUGCAAGUCAUGGAGGGAGAUUACGAAAGAGAUAGUCAAAACUCCAGAGCAAUGUGGCUGGCUUACCUUCCCUGUCUCACUCAAGCAGCCGGGACCAAGAGAUCAUCCGAUCCAAUGCUUUAUUAAGAGGGAAAGAGAAACUUCAACGUAUCUACUGUACCUUGGUCUAAGCCCCGCUCUGUGUGGGGAUGUGAGUAAGUUAUUGCUGGCAGCAAGAAAGGUCAGAAGGGCAACAAGUACACAUUUUGUGGUGUCCUUGGCUGCAGAUGAAUUCUCUCGAGCAAGCAAUUCUUACGUUGGAAAAUUAAGGUCUAAUUUUCUGGGUUCCAAGUUUACCGUUUAUGACAGUCAGCCUCCCAAGGCUCAGGCCAUCCAAACAAAUUACUGGUCACAUCGAAAGAUGAAUCCAAUGAAGGUAUCUCCAAGGAUACCUGCUGGUAGCUAUAGUGUUGCUACCGUAUGUUACGAGCUCAACAUCCUCCGAACAAGGGGACCAAGGAGAAUGCAGUGCAUCAUGCAAUCAAUCCCCGUGUCAGCAGUUCAAGAAGGGGGCGUUGCUCCUACUCCAACAGAGUUAGCGACUUGCCUUCCUCCAAAAUGCUGUCCAAUGCAUGUUUCAAAGGGAUCUAAGCAGCUUGCCAACUUGUGCUCUAGUGUCCCCACAACGGAUUUGGAACAAGGCACAAAAGAUCCACUCAUUUUGAAAAAUAAAGCUCCUAGAUGGCAUGAGCAGCUGCAGUGUUGGUGUCUGAAUUUUAAAGGACGCGUUACUGUGGCCUCUGUGAAGAAUUUCCAGCUGGUGGCCGGUACAGAGCCAUGCCAUAAUGUUCCAUUGGCCGAACAAGAGAGAGUAAUACUGCAAUUUGGGAAGAUCGGUAAAGACAUUUUCACAAUGGAUUAUCGCUACCCUCUCUCUGCUUUCCAAGCCUUUGCAGUUUGCUUGAGCAGCUUUGACACAAAACCAGCAUGCGAAUGAUUCUUGUCUAUUCUCUCAUCACAUGACUAUCGUGCUCGUCUUCCCUUAGAAUUGACCGUAAUUAUACUUUUGGAAUGCACUUUAAGCUAUGGCUUUUGGUCAUCGGCAAGUGCCUUCGUUGAAGUCGCAGUAGUCUGUGUAAUGGCAUUAACCUGUAUAAAGCAUGGUGUAAGUUGCCAAUUUAUUUAUUUGCGCGAAAGCAGUUGUGUGCAACUUCCUCCAAGUAUGUAACAUCACUUCUAGAUAUUCCAUGUUUCACUUUCUGGAGGAUGUACGAAAAUCCCUCUUUUCUCAUAAAGAUCUCUUGUAUUGAAUCUUGUUAUUCAAAUGUAAUUUUGCAGAAUUUUGUACAUGCUUCGUAUUAAUUUCCUAUUCUUCCUUUGUACA